ACAGUGACACACACGCACACACACAGUGACACACACACAGUGACACACACACACACACACAGUGGCCCUACACUCCGGGACGUCUCUGCGUGGUCAUCAGUGGCGCCCACUCCACGCCGAGUCCGCACACGGGAGCAUUCUGUGUGUGUGUGCCAGUGUGUGCCAGCGCGCGUGCGUCGGCGAGUCAAACAAAUCUCCCGGGCGACGACAACGACGGUGGUGGUGAGGACCAUGGUGAGGAUGACGACGACGGCGGCGGUGGUGGUGAGGACCAUGGUGAGGAUGGCGAUGGUCGCGGCGCUGCUGAUCGCCCGCGGGUCGUCAGCCCAGGGGGCCGUGGUGGACGCCGAGCUGAGACGCGCCGUGGUGGACGCUCACAACGAGCUGCGCGGGCAGGUGGAUCCGCCGGCCGCGGACAUGAUGGCACUGCGCUGGAAUCCGGAGCUGGCUUCGCAGGCGCUGUUGUACGCCCGCACCUGCGCCUGGGAGCACAGCGCGGCUGGGCUGGACAGCGUCGGAGAGAAUCUCUACCUCGUGUCGUCCGUGUCGCUCAACGAGACAGCGGCGGUGCACGCCUGGUACGCGGAGCGCAGAGACUACUCGUUCGCGAACAAUUUGUGCGCAGCGGGGAAGAUGUGCGGCCACUACACGCAGCUGGUGUGGGCCACCGCCGAGGAGGUGGGCUGUGGGUCCCACCUCUGCCCGACCGUGAAGAACCUGGAUGUGAAGAAUGCCCACGUGUUCGUGUGCAACUACCUGCCCAGCGGAAACUUCGAGGACGAGCGGCCGUACCGCGUGGGGACGCCCUGCAGCAAAUGCAGCGGGAAGUGCCACAACAAAAUCUGCUUUCGUGCGGAGGGAAAAUCGAGCAUCCCCGGGGUCGCCCCAGACCCCCCCGGGGGAGCCCCAGACCCCCCCGGGGGAGCCCCAGACCCCACCAGGGUCGCCCCAGACCCCCGCGGUGGGGUCCGAGACCCCCCCGGGGGGGCUCCAGACCCCCCCGGAGGCAACGCUGCCACCCGGGGCCUCGUGCAGCUGGGGACUCUGGGCCUGGGCCUCCUCCUGGCGAUGAACCUGCCCGUCGCCUAGCAACCGUCUCCUGCAGCCUGGCAACCGCUGCGGAGCACCAAGAAGCCGCCGCCGCCGCCGCCGCCGCCGCCGCCGCUAAUGUCACUGUAAUGGGUUCAGCUGAGUCGCAGACGUAGACUUGGAGUCAGCACAUUUAUUCAGUUCCAACACACGGGGUAACUUUCCCCUUAACAGAAUAACGACCUAUGGUGGUGACC